AUGCGGACACACUCGACUCUCCUGCUGGCGUUGCUGCAACGGCACCAGAGAUGCUGCCUUCUCGCUGUAGCUGCGCUUCUCGUGAGCUUGCUUCUUGCCUCACCGGUUACACUCGCAGCGAUAACACCUCAAGGCAAGUCCAUUCGUCCGCUGCACGGAGCGGGCUACGAGCACUUGGACUGCUCCGCCUGCAUCACCGUCGCACGGACGUUGUUUGAGCGCCUUAACCAGACGCUGGCAGAGAACCCCUCCACCUACCUCAUCUCGCACCGACUCAGCAAGAAGAAUCAGCUGCGUUGGCGCCAAUACCGCAACAGCGAGCUUCUCGUGACCGAGGUGAUGGAGAGCAUGUGCACCUCCUACAAGAACGAUGCUCGCUUGCUGCGGUUGCAUCCAAAGUCGAAGGUGCGCCUGUAUCACCAGCAGGUUUUCGGGGACACCCGUCUCGGUGUGCGACACGCGCUGCGUGAGGAUGAGGUGUACCCGGCCGACGCCGAUCCGGCGGCGUGGACUGAGAAGCUCGAUGGGCACCUAUACCCCAUUGCAAGAUUGUACAGCCGGAAAGAUGCGGAUGCGCUACAGGGACUGCAGAGCCUGUCUGCGAUGCCUACCAUGUGCGCGCUGCUGGUGGAAGAGUUUGAGGAAGAGAUCGAGCGUCUUGUCAAGACUGUGCGCAGUCUGGAGGAGACGGAGUACAGCCUGUGCGGUAUGGCGCUUCCAGUGACCAGGCCCCGCACAGCGCUGGACGGGGAGACCGAGGAGGACGAGGUGAGUUCAAUUCCUCUCAUCACCAACGUGUGCGCCGAUGCGGAGGUGCUGCGGGCCGCCGCCCGCCGGGACCAGCAAAGAUGGGAGCAGUAUGAGCACCGCGAAGCAAAGAGGAAGGCCAAGCUUGCCCAGAGGCGGAAGCUGGAAACGGCUGCGGCCGCUGCCAGGAGUGACUUUGCGGAGGAGGCACCAACAAGUGCAGAGGCGGCAGCGGCCCUUGCGCGCUCGGCUCCAGCAGCUCCAGGCGAGCCCAUUGACUCCCCUGCAGAGGAGGCGCCUUACAGUCCUGUCGGUGGGGAUGGCAAAGAAGCGGCCGAGGACCGCACUGAUGGCGAUCUUUGA